AUGUCCUCCACAACGCAGCUGAGGAGGGCCGCGCGCGUCAUCCUGAUCGGUGCGCCGGGCGUGGGGAAAGGCACCCAGAGCGAGCGUCUCCUCGCCCGCUUCCCCCAGCUCCAGUCAAUCAGCACCGGCGACCUUCUCCGGACCAAUGUCAAGCGGCGGACAGCGCUGGGUGAGUCCAUAUCCAGUCCCAAGCUGGGGCUAUUGCCCCCCGAGAGUGAAUGCGCCUGGCUAACCAAACCCCCGCCUGCCCGGGAAAAAGGUAUCCAAGCAGAGGGAAUCAUGAAGAGCGGCGGCCUCGUCGCCGACGACAUCAUGAUGCGCCUCAUCUCCAACGAACUCCACACACGAGGAUGGCUGCUCGGCCAGCGCCCACCCGUCACCGUCAACUUCCAGGCCGCCGAUGUCGAGGCGCCCGGCGACCCCCCUCCCAGCUUCGAGCCCAUCCUGGCCUCCGAGGACCCCUCCGCAUCGUUUAUACUCGACGGCUACCCCCGCAACGCAACGCAGGCCCACGGUCUCGAGUCCAUCGUGCCCAUCAACCUGGCCAUUUCCAUCGUCACCCCAUUUUCCGUCAUCCUCGAGCGGAUCGCCGGCCGCUGGGUCCACGAGCCGUCCGGCCGCGUCUACAACACCACCUUCAAUAACCCGCGAGUCCCCGGCCACGACGACAUCACCGGAGAGCCUCUUGUCCAGCGACCCGACGACAACAUUGAUGUCUAUCGCAACCGUCUGGACAAGUUCAGGCAGACGAGCGAGCCUCUCCUGGAGCACUACGCCCGAAAGGGUGUCUUGCUGGAAGUGGAGGGGAUGAGCAGCGACGAGAUCAGCCCCAAGCUAUAUAAGGAGUUCGAGGACCGUUUUGCCCGAUGA